GCCUACUAGCUGCCGGUGAAGAGGGCUGUUGUUGUUGUUUGUGGGAAAGUACUUCAAAAGUACAAAAACUAGUGUUGUAAAAUGGGAACCCGAGAUGAUGAAUACGACUACUUGUUCAAAGUUGUACUAAUCGGAGACUCUGGAGUGGGGAAGAGUAACCUGCUGUCCCGUUUCACAAGAAAUGAGUUCAACCUGGAGAGCAAGAGCACCAUCGGUGUGGAGUUUGCCACCCGCAGCAUCCAGGUGGACGGCAAGACGAUAAAGGCUCAAAUAUGGGACACAGCUGGACAGGAACGCUACAGAGCAAUCACUUCAGCGUAUUACCGAGGUGCAGUUGGGGCCCUCCUGGUUUACGACAUCGCCAAGCACCUGACUUAUGAGAACGUAGAACGCUGGCUGAAGGAGCUGAGGGACCACGCUGACAACAACAUUGUCAUCAUGCUGGUUGGAAACAAGAGCGACCUCCGCCACCUCAGGGCAGUGCCCACUGAUGAGGCUCGAGCCUUUGCAGAAAAGAACACUCUCUCAUUUAUUGAAACCUCAGCCUUGGACUCCACUAAUGUAGAAGAAGCCUUUAAGAACAUUCUGACAGAAAUCUACCGUAUUGUAUCUCAGAGGCAAAUAUCGGACAGAUCUGCACAUGAUGAUUCUCCAGGCAACAAUGUAGUGGACAUAAGCGUCCCCCCAACGAUGGACGGGCAGAGGGGCAACAAACUCCCCUGCUGUCAAAGCCUGUGAUACUUGUGUUUUCUUUUCCUGUUUGACUUUCUGUCAGUCUUUCCUCUCUUCGCCUCUGCUUUACUUCAGCUGUCACGCUGCUGUCAACAUGAUACCCUCAUUGGUUCAGAUGUCUCUGAUCCAAGACUCUUGUAGCUGACAUUCCUUUUUGCUGGUUUCUUUUUUUUUUUUUCAUUGUUUUUUUUUUUUUUUCUUCCUCUGAUCUGAUUUCAACCUGUGUCAAUAUAACUUUAUGACCUCAUAAUAGCUUUGAGAGGGAGGAAGUGUUUGCUAUUAUGAGGCUGAUCUCAAAGCUGUAGUAAACUACAAAUUCCUUUUAAUUAACCAGCGUUAUGGUCCUAUUGACCUGCUCCUGUUGAAGGAACGGUGAGGGAUUAGCAGGCCUCUUUAUUAGUGUUCCAAGUGGUUACUACUUGUCUCCUUUUCUCAGCCUGCAAUGACUUAUGAUCUGUUAAAGUGGAAUCCUGGUUUCAUGUCUAGUUGACCUGAUUCUGCCUGUCAUGCAAUACGGGUGUAGAAGAGGAGAGGAGAAGAAGGUAAUGCAUCAAUACUUUGGAGUAUUAAUGCAUACUCAAUUUGGAGUUUGUGGUUGCCUAUUUAAUUUUAAUUUCCCCCUCUGAGCCCUGUGCCCUCUGUGGCAUUAAAUUAGCAUGAGCCAGGGACCAGACUGGCUGUGACUGUCUGACUUAAUAUGGGCAAGUGUGAAACAAAUGAAGUGUUUUUAUUUGUGUGUGCAUGUAUGAAUGUGUGUGUGUGUGUGUAUGUGUGUUAAUCUUAGUGCACAAAGAUACCAAAGGAGACAGAUGCAAUCAGUAUCAGUUUGGGUUUUCUUAUUUAUGCGUGUUCAAGGCUGCUAGUAUUGCAGACCAUUGCUGAAUUUGGCCAAUCCAGUCCAGGCUAUUUGGGGAAAAAAUUGUGUAAUGCUACAUAGCAAAAGUGUUGUUAUAAAUUGUGAUGAUUUUUUUUUUUAAUGAAAUGAAAAUAGUAUCAGCCUGGGACACGCCUAGCAGGCUGUCUUAAAAUGAAAAUCUUUCUUGCACUUAUGUCCAAAAUUUCAGUGGAAUAAAUCAUCUUAUAUUUUUAAAUACACUCAACAUCUUUAUUAUUCAAUGAUAUUUUCCUGAUGCUUGUAAGGGAAACUGUGUUGGCUGAAAAGAACAAAAUGCACUAUUUGUUAUGCUUCUUUUUUUUAAGCAAUUUCCCCUCAUGUACCUUGAAUGUGAAUGUGAUAUCUGUUAAAGGAGAAUGGAUAAAGAUGUGUGUGUAAUCUGAGAACAUUUUCACUUCGACUCCAGCUGGUAGCAGUUGUUAGCAGGGAAAAUGGAACUGAAAGUCAGAAAUGCAAAUUGUUUACAUGGUUGGCUGAAAAGCCACUUUCACCCAUCUGGUAGAAAUACUUCCAUGUGUGAUUGAUUUGAUACAUUAUGUCUCAUGAAAUUUCACAUUUCUUCAAAUAAUAGGUGUAAAGUCAGCAAACAUAAACUUGUUUUGCUACCUUAACACUACACAGAAAAUACUGAAGCAUAAAUAAACCUAAUUCACA